ACAAUAAUAUAUACGCACGUCGAUCCGUCCAAUGGCAAGCAACAAAGCCACAAGUCUUGCAGAGGACAAGUAAGCGGAGCAGCCAGCUAGGAACGAAUUCAAAGGAACCCUGCAGCAAGAAGAGCUCCUCCUCCAUGGCCACCGCCACCUACCCCCAGCUGGUGCUGCUGCUCCUCCUCGUGCCCGCCAGCAGGGCGGCGCCCGGCGGCGGCAACGGGACGACGACGACGCCGUCGGCGUACGAGAUGCUGGAGCGGUACAACUUCCCGCGGGGCAUCCUGCCGGCGGGCGUGCGGGGGUACGAGCUCCGGCCCGACGGCGCCUUCGAGGUGUACUUCCCGCGGCGCUGCGAGUUCCUGCUGGCGAGGCGGUGGCUAGUCCGCUACGAGGCGCGCGUCUCCGGCUCGGUGGCCGCCGGGAAGCUCACGGCGCUGCAGGGGAUCAGCGUCAAGGUGGUCUUCCUCUGGCUCGGGGUCGCCGAGGUGGACCGCGCCGGGGACAAGCUCAGCUUCUACAUCGGGCCCGUCGCCACCUCCUUCCCGCUCGGGGACUUCGCCGAGAGCCCGCGCUGCCGCGGCUCCGACGAAGACUUCACGGCGGCGGCGGCGGCCUCGUCGUGAUAUAUAAUGAGAUUUCUUAGCGAUUGGUAUUUAUUUGUGUGUAUCUGCUGCCUUAUGAUUUAUUAGCUGGCUAAUGGCAACUCCUACUUGCUUAUACGACGUGUUGUGGAUCGAUCCAGAGUACGAGACGGCGAUUAGUUUUUCUUUUUUGUUUGUUAUUAACAUACACACGAGGAACUGGAGCAAUUGUUUGGUAAAUCAUUGACCUUGAAGAUGCUGCUUCACUGUACCA